UGUAAAGGGUCCAAAUUGAUAAGUAUUAAGAAUAGUCCAAGUCUUGGAGCCAAUUGUUGUUUCCACGACUACUUUCCCCCAAACUGUAUCCUUUCUAUGCACCAAUCUUCUUUUUUCCUCUGUAUAAAAACUCUACAAACUUUGGUAAGUUGUUCAAUAAAUCAAUUCAAAUAUUCCUUCAUAAGAAACAAUAUGAUACGGUGCCACGGAACUCAAGAAGAAGGAGAUUGGUCUCAUGAAGAUCAUCAAAUAUCUAUUUCGCAGGCACUUCAUCAAUGUAUCGCUACUCUUGUCGGUCACACAUCCUCUUACAUUUCAUCUCUAACCCUUGCAGGAAAGAGACUUUACACAGGCUCCAGCGAUGGAGCUGUAAGAUUGUGGAAUGCAAGCACGUUGGAAACAUUAGCCGAAGCGUCAAGCAACGGCGAUGUGAUAACAGGAGAAAGAGGAGACGGAGGAGCAGUGAAGUCAUUGGUAAUAUUGGCUGAUAAACUCUUCACAGCACACCAAGAUCAGAAGAUACGUGUCUGGAAGAUAAAAGACGUCGUUGAAGAGGCAGAAGCCAGUAAUAAAAAGUACAUGCAUUUAGCAACGAUGCCAACGAUGAGUGACCGUUUGGCAAAGUGUUUGAUGCCUAACAACCAAGUCCAAAUAAGGAGGCACAAGAAAGCUUCUUGGGUUCACCAUGUAGACGCGGUUUCGGGUUUAGCGUUAUCAAGAGAUGGAGCACUACUCUAUUCUGUCUCAUGGGACCGGACGCUCAAGAUCUGGCGAACCACCGAUUUUAAAUGCCUAGAGUCCAUUACAAACGCCCACGACGAUGCAAUCAAUGCUGUUGAGCUGUCCGAGAAUGGAGAUAUAUACACAGGGUCUUCUGACCGGAAAAUUAAAGUGUGGAGGAAGAACCUCGAUGAGGAGAAAAAGAAAAAGAAGAAACAUUAUUUGGUUGCAACAUUGUCAGACCAUGAUUCGGGUAUUAACGCGUUGGCGUUAAGCAGUUACAAUCUGUUGUAUUCGGGUGGAUCUGACGGAUCAAUAUUGGUGUGGGAAAGAGACCACGAAGGUGGACACGUUGCUGUUGCUGGAGUGCUAAGAGGUCACACAGAGUCUGUUCUUUGCCUUGCGGUUGUUUCAGACAUAGUCUGUAGUGGCUCUGCAGAUAAGACAGUGAGGCUGUGGAAAUGUUCUUCGGAGGAUUAUUCGUGCCUGGCUGUGUUGGAGGGGCACAGAGGACCAGUUAAAUGCUUAACCGGAGCCAUACGUGAUUCCGGUACACAAUCAGAGGCUUCUUAUCACAUUUACAGUGGAGGACUUGACUCUCAAGUUAAGGUUUGGGAGAUUUUGGAACCAGCCUUAUAAAAAGUUUUAAAAUAAAUUAAGUUGGAUGGGAUACAAAAUAUGUG